UUGCACCUGGAAAUUGAUAAUUUACCUCUGCUGGGGAGAGACUACGUGUGCGCCUUCACUGCGAUGGGGAAGACCAUUACGACGAACGCGACUCGGAGCGACAAGUUCAUCAAGUGUCCAACCCCGAGGAAUGACCUCCUACCUGUGCUCAACCAUGGACAGCAUUUCUUCACGGCCAUCCUCUCACUGAGGUUUUCGGACGGACAGGACUUUGUGGCGACCAAUUUCACGUUUUUCAAUUGCAACACGUACGCGUCGUGCACGUCGUGCGUGUCGAGCUCUUUCGAGUGUGACUGGUGCGUGGAUGGCAACAGGUGCACUCAUGAUGCUGCGGAAAACUGCCGAAAUGACAUCCUCGUCACUGGCCUUGAGUGUGCCUGUUCAAGUGGUUCCGAGGGAUUUACUUUAAUACCGGCAAACCUCGUUAAGCCGCCACCAUUCGUUUGUUGUGGGUUAAAUAAAUUGGCGGUGGCCGAGAGUGGCGGCUUAUUGGAGGAUGGGCGUCUUAACGAGUUUUGGCUCUACAUAUCUGUGCGCCAAGGCCCAAGCAUUCGCAGUGGUCCAACUUUUUGUCCCAGAAUCCAGUACGAAACCGAAGAAAUUCUAGUGGCGUCCGGAACCACGAUGCCGAUUCGCGUUAAAGUUGACAACAUUGCGCAAUUUAUUGUGCAAGCUCGGUUCUUGUGCCAAUUCAACAUCGAUGGGAGAGCUGUGAUGAAGCAAGGACAAUUGCUUGGAGAUACGAUCUAUUGUGACGCGACCAGGUUCAGCUACAAUUCUCAUUCACCGAAUCUCACUGCCACUUUUGCUGUGAUUUGGGGGAGCGCAAAAUCUUUGGACAACCCGAAGAAUGUUCACAUUGUGAUUUACCGUUGCGACGUGAUGGCGGACAAUUGUGGGAUGUGUUUGUCCCUGGACCCGAAAUACAAGUGCGGCUGGUGCCAGAGUUCGAACCGGUGCUCAAUUGACAGAGACUGCUCGGAACCCCGUGUUUGGCUCAAGGAGUCGGAUGUUUGUCCGGAUCCCAUGAUCGUGGAUUUCAAUCCCAAGUACGGCCCGUGGGAAAGCGGGACAAACAUCACUAUCCAGGGGAUCAACUUGGGCCGCGUCGUGGAGGAUAUCGAGAAGAAUAUAAUGGUGGCCGGGAUUCCUUGCAUGCCGUACAAGGAAACCUACAUCCAGACUAGACAGGUGACAUGCACACCGGAUUCGCCGGGAGUGGCAGACCCGAGGAAAGGAAUCGUGAUUGUCAAGGUCGGGGAUUUCCGUGCUGAAUCGCGGGACACGUACGAGUUCGUGAACCCUGUGCUGUACUCGGUCCGACCUCGCCGAGGUCCCAAGUCCGGCGGCACGGAAAUAUCCGUCCGCGGUCGUUACAUGAACGCCGGCAGUCGCAUCACGGCUUUCGUCAACGAGUUCCCCUGCAAUAUCACUUGGUCAUCUCUGGACGAAGUUAGGUGCGUAACCUCUGCGGCGGAUCGCUCCAUCAUCGACGGAAAAGUUCGGGUCAACUUCGACAAGGGAGAGCGGGCGUUGAGCAAUCAAACUUUCGAGUACACCGACGACCCGGUUGUGACCUCGGUCGAACACGGUCUGGUUGGUGGAGGUCAGACCAAGUCUCCCAAGGGAAUCGUUGCUGGAGGUAUCACGAUCCGCGUGACAGGAAGAAGAUUCGACGUGGUGCAAAAUCCACAGAUCUACGUCGAGGAUGAUCAGGGCCGGCGAUUCUACGGCCGAUGUGCGGUGGAAACGAGUGAAUCCAUGUUUUGUCAAUCUCCUACCGUGGAGAGUGACACGUCCAUCAUUGCACCGAUGCAUAUGGAAUACGGAUUCAUCAUGGAUAAUGUGAUCGAAGUUUUGAAUCUCUCGAGACGCUUCAAUGCGAGUUUUACGCUGUAUCCGAACCCCAUUUUUGAAAAAUUCGAGGAGAAAAUCAAGUACUACAAAAGCGACUACUUGACGAUAAAUGGUCGCGAGUUGGACAGGGCUUGUACAGAAGCGGACGUGAUCGUGCGGAUUGGCACGAAAAUCUGCAACGUGACGUCGUUGUCGAGAAAUCAGCUGACGUGUCGUCCGCCAGAUGAACAACCUCCGGGCUUCGAUGACUACGGAAAACCGACUACCGGACAGCUUCCGGAAGUUGUGGUCAUUGUUGGGGACAAUUUGACGUAUAAAAUUGGAUACCUGAGUUACGCACCCCUUGGAGCUGCUGAAGAAACAUUUUCCAUGAAAGCCAUCAUUCCCACAAGCGUGAUAGCCGCGCUUUUCCUCGUUGGCAUCAUUGCAAUCUGCAUCAUGUAUCGACGCAAGUCGACAGAAAACGCCCGCGUCUUGAAGAAUAUGCAAGAUCAAAUGGACGUGCUCGAGUUGAAAGUGGCAGCGGAGUGCAAAGAGGCAUUUGCCGAAUUGCAGACGGAAAUUACAGAUCUGACUAGUGAUCUCACCACGGGUGGCAUUCCGUUCCUGGACUACAGAACUUAUGCAAUGAAAAUCCUGUUUCCGAACAUCGAGGAUCAUCCGGUGUUGCGAAUGGAUUAUCCGGAGAUGAGCCGGAAGGAGAAAGGAUUGAGACUCUUCGGCACCUUGGUCAUGAAUAAAACGUUCUUGCUCUUGUUCAUUCGCACGUUGGAAAGCAACAGAUAUUUCUCCAUGCGAGACAGAGUAAAUGUGGCCUCGCUCAUUAUGGUUGCACUGCAAGGCAAAAUGGAAUACUGCACUGACACGCUGAAAACGCUACUAGGAGAUCUAAUUGAAAAAUGCAUGGAUGGGAAAAGCCACCCGAAGCUCCUGCUCAGAAGGACGGAGAGUGUUGCAGAAAAGAUGCUUUCGGCAUGGUUUACAUUCCUUCUGUACAAGUUUUUGCGUGAAUGUGCCGGAGAACCUUUGUUCCUGUUGUACCGUGCAAUCAAGCAGCAAGUGGAUAAAGGACCUGUUGAUGCUGUGACUUCCGAAGCACGAUAUUCCUUGUCUGAGGAGAAGUUGAUUCGUCAAGCGAUAGACUUCAAGCUAAUGACCGUAUUUGUCUCGAUGUCAACGCAGACGUUGUGCGUGUCUGGGUAUGAUGCCAUACACGAUACAAAUGACGUGUAUGUCAAGGUCCUCAACUGCGACACGAUAUCCCAAGUCAAGGAGAAAGCUCUUGAUGCCAUAUACCGAAAUACCCCGUAUACUCAGCGGCCAUCGAAGGAUGACUUGGAUCUUGAACUGCGGAUCAUGCCGAACUCGAGGAUCACGCUUUUCGACGAAGAUUCGAAGACAAGUCGUGAAGGAUCAUGGAAACGCUACAACACUUUGGGGUCGUAUAACGUUCCGGAUCAGGCGUACUUGACUCUCGUUCCGAAGCAAUCUUCGAUGUAUAACUUCUCGGCUGUCCCAGGGGGUCAGUUCUCGGACACGCUCAAGUCCCACAAAUACGAGACACUGACCAUGUCCAAGUACAGCGGCGGAGCGAGUCCGCCGAUUUCGCGAGCCACUUCCCCGCUCAACAGCCACGAAUAUGGCGGCAUGGACUCGAGCGACCGAGGCCCUGGUGCAGGUGGCGGCAACUACCGCUACUGGCACCUGGUGCGUCACUCGGAUCAGGACCAUCACCAGAACGGCAAGGAGGGCGAGCGAUCCAACAAGAUGAUCACGCUGCAGAAGUACGUCGAUGAUCUGUUCGAGACGAUUUUCAGUAUCGCACAUCGUGGAUCUGCGUUGCCUCUUGCCAUCAAGUACAUGUUCGACUUCCUGGAUGAUCAAGCUUUGCAGCAUUGCAUCUCCGAUUCGGAAGUUGUUCAUACUUGGAAGAGCAACAGUUUGCCGUUGCGGUUCUGGGUGAACCUGAUCAAAAACCCGAAUUUUGUGUUCGAUAUCCACAAGGGUAAUGUUGUGGAUUCUUGUCUGUCGGUUGUUGCGCAGACAUUUAUGGACUCCUGCUCUACUUCGGAUCACCGUCUGGGUAAGGAUUCCCCCAGCUCAAAGCUCCUUUAUGCCAAAGAUAUUCCAGUCUACAAAGACUGGGUGGAGAGAUAUUACCACGAUAUCAAGACCAUGCCGGCAAUCUCCGAUCAAGACAUGAACGCCAUGUUGGCUGAAGAGUCUCGCAUGCACGGAGCUGAGUUCAACACAAACUCUGCGCUUCACGAGCUGUACACGUACGCCUUCAAGUACAACGACCAACUGAAGUUUACCCUAGAAGAUGACGAGUUCUCGAAGAAGCAAAGGCUUGCCCACCGACUCCAGCAAGUGCAUGACCUCAUGGUAACCGACAACGACAUGUGAAGAGCUGGUGUGCUCGCUCGAAGUGAGGUCGUCGUUUUUCUUUUCGAAAAGCAAACAACCAAGUGAUUUUUCGUUCAAGUCAAAAAUUUAACUUUUUUUUUUUCAUUGGAACGUCAUCCGGCGGUAGACUGGCUUCCUUAGGUUUUUUUUUUUUUUAUUGAUCGAGUAUUUAGUUUUUUUUAUGAAAUUGGGGAGGAUUGACGCAUUGUUUUUAUUUUCGUGUUACACAAAGGAAUCAGAAACGUAUUCAGUUGGCGAAUGAUUGAAGUUGACGACUACUUCAGGUUCUUAUUUUUUUUUAGAGUUCCCAUAUGUUUUUUGGAAGUGAGGAAACGAUUUUUUUUUUUUUUUUUUU